AUGACAUCCGAGCUUGGUGUUCAACUCCAGAGAUCGGUCUGCCCCCUGGUACAAGUGGGAGACGACCGUUUUCCAGGGUUUUACAUCAUGUCUCAGUUCCAGAUUGCUGAACUGGCGAGGAGAGGAACUGUGAGGAGUGUUGUGGGCUCUGCCCCGGGUCUUGUCGCUUAUCAAAUAGGGCCAGCUUUCAACUUCAGGAUCAACACAAGAUCAGCAUAUCCCUUAGGACUGCCAGAAGAGUUCGCGUUCGUAGCCGUUCUGCGCAUGAGCGGCAGCACUGUGUCCAAGAGAUGGAAUAUCUGGCAAAUGCAAGAUGUGAAUGGAGGCGAACAAAUGGCGAUCGGACUUAACGGAGAAUCCCAGUCCCUUGAAUUCUCUUUCAUUACACUUGACCAUGAAAGAAGGACUGUCGUUUUCAGUUCUCUGUCAUUUCUGUUCAAUUCUCAAUGGCACAAGGUUCUCCUGAGAGUUAACAAACAGUCUGUAAGUCUGUUCCUGGAUUGUGUUUUAAUUGAUAUUCAAGAAAUACCAGUUCGAGAGAAGGUCAGCUUGGAUGGCUUCACGUUGAUAGGAAAACUAAAGGAGAAUCCAGUGCUGGCUGUCCCGUUUGAACUGCAAUCGAUGCUGAUUCACUGCGACUGGACCAGACCCAGCCUAGAAGCCUGCAAGGACCUGGCAGGCACAACCUCGCAAAUGAAAAGUGGUCCGCGGGUUCAUAUUCCCGAGCCGCCCAUUAGCCAGGACUCCAGAAUGAUGAGAGACAUCGCCUCCGUUCUGCUCCGGGGAAUCUCGGGAGCAUUCAGCGGAGGCCCCCUCAUCUCAGGGCUCCCAUGA